ACACAGGAGAGAAGCCCUAUGAAUGCUUAGAGUGUGGGAUGAGUUUCAGUCAGAACUCACACCUUUACACCCAUCACAAGAUCCACACAGGAGAGAAGCCUUAUAAAUGCUUAGAGUGUGGGAAGAGUUUCACUUAUAGAACUAGCCUUAAAAUGCAUCACAGGAUCCACACAGGAGAGAAGCCCUAUGAAUGCUUAGAGUGUGGGAAGAGUUUCAGGUACAGCUCAGACCUUAACACCCAUCACAGAAUCCACACAGGCGAGAAACCUUAUAAAUGCUUAGAGUGCGGGAAGAGUUUCAGUCAUAGUUCAGGCCUUGACACCCAUCACAGGAUCCACACAGGCGAGAAGCCUUAUAAAUGCUUAGAGUGCGGGAAGAGUUUCAGUACGAGCUCUGCCCUUUACCCCCAUCAGAGGAUACACACAGGCGAGAAGCCUUACAAAUGCUUAGUGUGCGGGAAGAGUUUCAGUAUGAACUCAUCCCUAAACUCCCAUCACAGGAUCCACACAGGAGAGAAGCCUUAUAAAUGCUUAGAGUGUGGGAAGAGUUUCAGUGAUAGAACUAGCUUUAAAAUACAUCAGAGGAUCCACACUGGAGAGAAGCCCUAUAAAUGCAGUGAUUGUGGGAGGAGCUUCAGCAACAGCUCAGCCCGUAACAAGCAUCGCAGGAUCCACACAGGUGAGAAGCCUUAUAAAUGCUUAGAGUGCGGGAAGAGCUUUAGUCGGGGCUCACACCUUAAUAGCCAUCGCAGGAUCCACACAGGACAGAAGCCUUAUAAAUGCUUAGAGUGCGGGAAGAGCUUCAGUCGGGGCUCACACCUUAAUAGCCAUCGCAGGAUCCACACAGGAGAGAAGCCUUAUAAAUGCUUACAUUGCGGGAAGAGUUUUAGUCAAAGCUCAUCCCUUAACUCCCAUCACAGGACCCACACAGGAGAGAAGCCCUAUGAAUGCUUCGAGUGUGGGAAAUGUUUCCGUCAGAGUUCAGACCUUGACACCCAUCACAGGAUCCACACAGGCGAGAAGCCUUAUAAAUGCUUAGAGUGCGGGAAGAGUUUCAAUCAGAGCUCAGCCCUUAAUACCCAUCACAGGAUCCACACAGGCGAGAAGCCUCAUAAAUGCUUAGAGUGUGGGAAGAGUUUCAGUCGGAGGUCAGGACUUAACACGCAUCACCGGAUCCACACAGGCGAGAAGCCUUAUAAAUGCUCUGAGUGUGGGAAGAGUUUUAGUCGGAGUGCAGACCUUAACAACCAUCACAGGAUCCACACAGGCGAGAAGCCCUAUAAAUGCUUAGAGUGCGGGAAAACUUUCAGUAGGAAUUCAUGCCUUAACAAACAUCACAGGAUCCACACAGGAGAGAAGCCCUAUAAAUGCUUAGAGUGUGAGAUGAGUUUCAGUAGGAACUCACGCCUUUACACCCAUCAGAGGAUCCACACAGGAGAGAAGCCCUAUGAAUGCUUAGAGUGUGGGAAGAGUUUCAGUUACAGCUCAGACCUUAACAUGCAUCACAGAAUCCACACAGGGGAAAAGCCUUAUAAAUGCUCUGAGUGUGGGAAGAGUUUUAGUCGUAGUGCAGACCUUAACAAACAUCACAGGAUCCACACAGGCGAGAAGCCUUAUAAAUGCUUAGAGUGCGGGAAGAGUUUCAGUCGGAGCUCAGCCCUUAAUACCCAUCACAGGAUCCACACAGGUGAGAAGCCUUACAAAUGCUUAACGUGUGGGAAGAGUUUCAGUACGAGCUCAUCCCUUAAUACCCAUCACAGGAUCCACACAGGAGAGAAGCCCUAUAAAUGCUUAGAGUGUGGGAAGAGUUUCAGUGAUUGCUCAAGCCUUAACACCCAUCACAGGAUCCACACAGGCGAGAAGCCUUAUAAAUGCUUAGAGUGCGGGAAGAGCUUCAUUCGGAGCUCACACCUUGACACCCAUCACAGGAGCCACACAGGCGAGAAGCCUUAUAAAUGCUUAGAGUGCGGGAAGAGCUUCAGUACAAGCUCAUCCCUUAACUCCCAUUAUAGGAUGCACACAGGAGAGAAGCCUUAUAAAUGCUUAGAAUGCGGGAGGAGUUUCAGUCAGAGCUCACAGCUUAACAAACAUCAUAGGAUCCACACAGGCGAGAAGCCUUAUAAAUGCUUUGAGUGUGGGAAGAGUUUCAAUUGGAGCUCAGCCCUUAACAACCAUCACAGGAUCCACACAGGCGAGAAGCCCAUAAAUCGCUAUGAAUGCUUAGAGUGCGGGAAGACUUUCAGUCAGAGCUCAGUUCUGUAUCGCCAUCACAGGAUCCACACAGGCGAGAAGCCUUAUAAAUGCUUAGAGUGCGGGAUGAGUUUUAGUCGGAGGUCAGGUCUUAACUCCCAUCAAAGGAUCCACACAGGCGAGAAGCCCUAUGAAUGCUUAGAGUGUGGGAAGAGUUUCAGGUACAGAUCAACCCUUAACACCCAUCACAGGAUCCACACAGGAGAGAAGCCUUAUAAAUGCUUAGAGUGCGGGAAGACUUUCAGUCAGAGUUCAAGCCUUGACACGCAUCACAGGAUCCACACAGGCGAAAAGCCCUAUAAAUGCUUAGAGUGUGGGAAGAGUUUCAGUAAGAGUUCAGCCCUUAACACCCAUCACAGGAUCCACACAGGCGAGAAGCCUUAUGAAUGCUUAGAGUGCGGGAAAAGUUUCAGUCAGAGUUCAUGCCUUGACACCCAUCACAGGAUCCACACAGACGAGAAGCCUUACAAAUGCUUAGAGUGCGGGAAGAGUUUCAGGUACAGCUCAGCCCUUAACACGCAUCACAGGAUUCACACAGGCAAGAAGCCUUAUAAAUGCUUAGAGUGUGGGAAGAGUUUCAGGUACAGCUCAGUCCUUAACACGCAUCACUGGAUUCACGCAGGCAAGAAGCCUUAUAAAUGCUUAGAGUGCGGGAAGAGUUUCAGUCAGAGUUCAGACCUUAACUCCCAUCACAAGAUCCACACAGGCGAAAAGCCCUAUAAAUGCUUAGAGUGUGGGAAGAGUUUCAGGUACAGAUCAGGCCUUAACACCCAUUACAGGAUCCACACAGGCGAGAAGCCUUAUAAAUGCUUAGAGUGUGGGAAGAGUUUUAGGCAGAGUUCAUGCCUGGACACCCAUCACAAGAUCCACACAGGCGAAAAGCCAUAUAAAUGCUUAGAGUGUGGGAAGAGUUUCAGUAAGAGUUCAGCCCUUAACACCCAUCGCAGGAUCCACACAAGAGAGAAGCCUUAUAAAUGCUUAGAGUGCGGGAAGAGUUUCAGUGACAGCUCAUGCCUUAACGCCCAUCACAGGAUCCACACAGGCGAGAAGCCUUAUAAAUGCUUAGAGUGUGGGAAGAGUUUUAGGCAGAGUUCAGGCCUGGACACCCAUCAAAAGAUCCACACAGGCGAAAAGCCGUAUAAAUGCUUAGAGUGUGGGAAGAGUUUCAGGUACAGAUCAUACCUUAACACCCAUCACAGGAUCCACACAGGAGAGAAGCCUUAUAAAUGCUUAGAGUGCGGGAAGAGUUUCAGUGACAGAUCAUACCUUAACACCCAUCACAGGAUCCACACAGGCGAGAAGCCUUAUAAAUGCUUAGAGUGUGGGAAGAGUUUUAGUCAGAGUUCCACUCUUAACACCCAUCAUAGGAUCCACACAGGCGAGAAGCCCUAUAAAUGCUUAGAGUGCGGGAAGAGUUUCAGUGACAGCUCAUGCCUUAAUGCCCAUCACAGGAUCCACACAGGCGAGAAGCCUUAUAAAUGCUUAGAUUGCGGGAAGAGUUUCAGUGAUAGCUCAUACCUUAACACCCAUCACAGGAUCCACACAGGCGAGAAGCCUUAUAAAUGCUUUGUGUGUGGGAAAAGUUUCAAUCGGAGCUCAGCCCUUAACAACCAUCACAGGAUCCACACAGGCGAGAAGCCUUAUAAAUGCUUAGAGUGCGGGAUGAGUUUUAGUCGGAGGUCAGGUCUUAACUCCCAUCAAAGGAUCCACACAGGCGAGAAGCCCUAUGAAUGCUUAGAGUGUGGGAAGAGUUUCAGGUACAGAUCAACCCUUAACACCCAUCACAGGAUCCACACAGGAGAGAAGCCUUAUAAAUGCUUAGAGUGCGGGAAGACUUUCAGUCAGAGUUCAGCCCUUAACACCCAUCACAGGAUCCACACAGGCGAAAAGCCUUAUGAAUGCUUAGAGUGUGGGAAGAGUUUCAGUAAGAGUUCAGCCCUUAACACCCAUCACAGGAUCCACACAGGCGAGAAGCCUUAUGAAUGCUUAGAGUGCGGGAAAAGUUUCAGUCAGAGUUCAUGCCUUGACACCCAUCACAGGAUCCACACAGACGAGAAGCCUUACAAAUGCUUAGAGUGCGGGAAGAGUUUCAGGUACAGCUCAGCCCUUAACAUGCAUCACAGCAUUCACACAGGCAAGAAACCUUAUAAAUGCUUAGAGUGCGGGAAGAGUUUCAGGUACAGCUCAGUCCUUAACAAGCAUAACAGGAUUCACACAGGCAAGAAGCCUUAUAAAUGCUUAGAGUGCGGGAAGAGUUUCAGUCACAGCUCAACCCUUAACGCCCAUCACAAGAUCCACACAGGCGAAAAGCCGUAUAAAUGCUUAGAGUGUGGGAAGAGUUUCAGGUACAGCUCAGUCCUUAACAAGCAUAACAGGAUUCACACAGGCAAGAAGCCUUAUAAAUGCUUAGAGUGCGGGAAGAGUUUCAGUGACAGCUCAUGCCUUAAUGCCCAUCACAGGAUCCACACAGGCAAAAAGCCCUAUAAAUGCUUAGAGUGUGGGAAGAGUUUCAGGUACAACUCAGCCCUUAACACCCAUCACAGGAUCCACACAAGAGAGAAGCCUUAUAAAUGCUCAGAGUGCGGGAAGAGUUUCCGUGACAGCUCAUGCCUUAAUGCCCAUCACAGGAUCCACACAGGCGAGAAGCCUUAUAAAUGCUUAGAGUGUGGGAAGAGUUUUAGGCAGAGUUCAGGCCUGGACACCCAUCACAAGAUCCACACAGGCGAAAAGCCUUAUAAAUGCUUAGAGUGUGGGAAGAGUUUCAGGAACAGCUCAGCCCUUAACACCCAUCACAGGAUCCACACAGGCGAGAAGCCUUAUAAAUGCUCAGAGUGCGGGAAGAGUUUCCGUGACAGCUCAUGCCUUAAUGCCCAUCACAGGAUCCACACAGGCAAGAAGCCCUAUAAAUGCUUAGAGUGUGGGAAGAGUUUUAGUCAGAGUUCCACCCUUAACACCCAUCAUAGGAUCCACACAGGCGAGAAGCCCUAUAAAUGCUUAGAGUGUGGGAAGAGUUUCAGUGACAGCUCAUGCCUUAAUGCCCAUCACAGGAUCCACACAGGCGAGAAGCCCUAUAAAUGCUUAGAUUGCGGGAAGAGUUUCAGUGAUAGCUCAUACCUUAACACCCAUCACAGGAUCCACACAGGCGAGAAGCCCUAUAAAUGCUUUGAGUGUGGGAAGAGUUUCAAUUGGAGCUCAGCCCUUAACAACCAUCACAGGAUCCACACAGGCGAGAAGCCCAUAAAUGUUUAA